AUGCUUUUGCAUAUCUCUUUUAUCUCUUCUUCAGUUUCUCCUCUCAAAAUGAAAAGCUUCGACACGAGCUCAGUGGUUGAAUCCGGUGCUGGCGCCGGGAAUAACGUCGACGAUGAUUGUCGGGAGAAGAGAACGGGGACGUUGAUAACGGCGAGUGCCCACAUAAUCACGACAGUGAUAGGUUCUGGAGUCUUGUCGUUGGCUUGGGCUAUAGCACAACUUGGUUGGGUGGUAGGAACAGUGAUUUUGGUAGCCUUUGCCGUCAUCGUUAAUUACACAUCCAGAAUGCUCGCCGACAGUUAUCGAUCCCCGGAGGGAACACGCAACUAUACUUACAUGGACGUUGUCCGAGUCUACCUUGGUGGUAGGAAAGUGCAGCUAUGUGGACUGGCACAGUUUGGGAGUCUCGUAGGGGUUACUAUUGGUUACACCAUCACUGCCUCCAUAAGCUUAGUGGCGAUUGGGAAAGCAAAUUGUUUUCAUGACAAGGGACAUGGUGCGAAAUGUUCCGUAUCAAAUUAUCCACUCAUGGCGGCGUUUGGGAUCGUCCAGAUUUUUCUUAGUCAGAUUCCUAAUUUUCACAAGCUCUCUUUUCUCUCCAUUAUCGCCACCGUUAUGUCCUUCUCUUAUGCAUCUAUCGGUUUUGGCUUAGCCUUGGCCGCUCUGGCAAGUGGGAAGGUUGGUAAGACGGGACUGACAGGCACGGUGGUUCGAGUGGACGUAACUGCGUCUGACAAAUUAUGGAAGUCAUUUCAAGCGGCUGGAAACAUUGCCUUUUCAUACGCUUAUUCCGUUGUUCUCGUUGAGAUUCAGGACACACUGAGAUCAAGCCCACCAGAGAACAAAGUCAUGAAAAAAGCAAGCCUUGCUGCAGUCUCAACUACAACUGCUUUCUACAUCUUAUGUGGCUGCAUCGGAUAUGCUACAUUUGGAAACCAAGCCCCCGGAGACUUCCUUACUGACUUUGGUUUUUAUGAACCUUACUGGCUCAUCGAUUUUGCUAAUGCUUGCAUCGCUGUCCACCUUAUCGGAGCUUAUCAGGUGUUUGCACAACCAAUAUUCCAGUUUGUUGAGAAGAAAUGCAAUCAGGCGUGGCCAGAAAGCAACUUCAUCACCAAAGAACCUUCGAUGAACGUACCGUUGCUUGGAAAAUGUCGCAUUAACUUCUUCAGACUGGUGUGGAGGACAACCUAUGUGAUUUUCUCAACAGUUGUAGCAAUGAUAUUCCCCUUCUUCAACGCUAUCUUGGGACUUAUUGGGGCAGUCGCAUUCUGGCCGCUAACAGUUUACUUCCCGGUGGAGAUGCACAUCUCGCAGAAAAAGGUUAAGAAGUAUUCGGUGAGAUGGAUAGUGUUGAAACUCCUUGUUUUGGUUUGUUUAAUUGUUUCACUCCUAGCUGCCAUAGGAUCCAUCGUUGGCUUGAUAAGUAGUGUCAAGGCAUACAAGCCUUUCCACAAUUUAGAUUAG